AUGACUUCAUCAACGAAGGAUAUAUUCAAACAUCCUAAAGGAUCCUUUGACCGUCUGACACCAUCCAAUUACUCUUCAUGGAAGAACAGCAUGCGUCGUCUCUUGAGAGCCCUGUUAGCUUGGAAGAUAGUCUCAGGAGAUGAAGAGAUACCUCCAGUUGCCGGACCAAAUGAUGAGGAGGAGGAAAUUGAGAGAUGCCGCAAGAGGCGUCAAGACUUUGAGCAGCGCCGGGAGGAUGCAGCUGCAGUCAUCUACAACUCCUGCAGUUCACCUGUCCGGAUUUACAUUGAUGAAGUUGAUGACCCAGAAGAGAUGUGGACGAUUCUCGCAGAAAGACUUGACACAGCGUGCUCAGCAGUUGGUCGGCAAACCAUUUAUCGAAACUUCAUGGCUCUUCGACCUGUACCAGGUGCACCUAUUGGGGAUUACUUUUCACGCCUGCUUGAGCUUCGAAAUCAAAUUGCGGGUACUGAAGAGGCCAUUUCAGACAUCGCAUUCAAAACCCACAUUUUCAGCACCUUACCAACCAGUUUCGAAGUGACAUCAAAGAUACAGCAGAACCGUGCCGAUGCCACAAUUGAGAACAUCAUCGACGCAUUGAAAGAAGAUGAAAGCAUUCGCUCAAUGCGUACCCAACCGGAUUCGAUGACAGAAGCAUUUUAUAGUGGUGUCAAUCCUCGAAAUAAAGGAAACAUGAGAGGACUCGGACAGUCAUUCAACGCUAGGUGA